AUCUAUCAGAGCAUCCAAGAAAUUAAAACGACACUUAAUCAGGUUGAUCGAAAUGCCUGAUUCGCUGAAGAAUUCGUCACUUCCAUUGGGCGAAAUAUUGAAGUUUCUGAAGAACUUCUGGGGCGACUCCAACGUCCAAGUCGCCGUGAUCGCUAGCCUGGCCUUCCAGGUCCUUCUGGUUUUCUGCGCGCCAUUGCGAAAACGAAGCAAGAAAUCUCGCACCCUGGUCAUCCUCUGGCUGGUUUAUCUGCUCUCCCACUACGUAGCCACCUUCGCCAUCGGCCUCAUCAACAACUACGGCACCGACGAGGCCAACCAACAGAACAGCGUCGUCGCUCUCUGGGCGCCAUUUCUCUUGCUCCACCUCGGCGGACCCGACACCAUCACCGCUUUCUCCAUAGAAGACAACGACCUCUGGCUCCGUUACCUCUUGACCCUCAUCGUCCAACUUCUCUCCGUUCUCUUCGUCUUCUACCGUUUUAAGAUACAUGCCAACGAUGAAUUCCUCAUCCCCACGCUGCUCACCUUCGCCGCCGGUGUCAUCAAGUACGGCGAAAACAUACGCUCGCUCAACCUGGCCUCGUCGGUCAGUAUGAGGAAGUCCAUGCGCCAGAACGUCGACGGCAGAAGUGCCAGAGAACGCCUGCAAUUUGAGGAGGAAGAGAUAGGACUAGCCGCCGAAACCGACAAGCACGAGAAGGACAUUAAGAUUCUAACGAAAGGAUACGAGUUGUACCGGAAAUAUAAAGCCGUCAUCGUCGAUCAUGUGUUCAGCUUCACCCUGCGUGAAGAGAGCAGGGGUUUCUUCUUACGCCUACCAUCUUACAAGGAAGCAUUCGAGGUCACGCAAGUGGAGCUCAACUUCAUGUACGACGCCAUGUUCACCAAGAUGAUCGCCGUUCAGGGGAACAUCGCCGGCUACGUCUUCCGAAUCGGUUGCGCCGCUCUCAUUAUAUCAACUCUCAUCGUAUUUAUCGUCCACCCCAAAAACAACGUCAGCCACCACGACAUUCAAGUCACCUACUGCCUGGUCGGAUCUGCGGUUGUUCUGGACUUGAUAGCUCUGGUAAAGCACUUCUUUUGCGACUGGACCAUAGCUCUGAUGAUGAACAAUGAAAAAUGGAGAUUGAAAGCGAGAAAGAGAGGAGCAAAAAUUGUUAACAAGGUGAGACGGUGGAUAUCGGCGGAAAUGCGGUGGUCGGAGGAGAUCCAGCAGUACAGUUUGAUCAAGCACUCGUUGAAGCAACAAUGGAAAAUCUCCCGAAAGAUCUUCGAGUUCUUCGGGCUCACAGAGAGAAUGGAAGCUUCCAAGAACACCAAAACCGAUCGAGUGGAUGAGAAGUUGAAGGCCAUGAUUUUCGACGAGAUAAAGAAGAAGGCGGCGCGUGCAGACACGGACGAGACGGCGGAGGAGAUGUAUUCCUAUAGAGGCGAAAGCGUCCUGGAGGAUUGCCCGCUGUGCCGAGAAAAACUCCGGCCGAAAAUCGCCGGCGCGCAGUACGAUAAUGUCGUGCUGAUGUGGCACAUCGCCACCGAGAUCUGCUAUUUCACGGCGCAGAAAGAGGAACUCGAUCCCAACGUGGAGAUUUGCAGAAAAGUGUCGGAAUAUUUAGCCUACCUUUUGAUGAUGGAGGGGAAAAUAACGUCGGCGGUGCCGGGAAACGUGGGGAUGAGAUUCAGAGACAUAUGUUGGCAAGAGGUUAGAGACACCCAUCUCCAUCUCAGACAAUACAUCAGAAUGAAAAAGAUAGACUCCGACCAGAUGCCGGAGUGGGAGCGGAAGAAGAAGAGAAGGGAAGAAAUUGAGAAGAAAAAGGAAGAACUGAAACAAAUAAAAUCCUUUUACAGGUACCCAGAGUACCAAAUAAACUCCGUUUGGAAGGAGAUGAAAAAGAUGCUUCCCCAGAACGUGAAUCUUGACAACGCGGAGACGAGGAUGGAGAUAACGGAGUGGGAACGGAAGCAGAAGAAGAAGGAGUUCGAAGCCAGGAAAGAAGUGUGCCAAUUCUUGGUAGAAGAAGAGACGAAGCGUAAUUUCGAGGGGCAUUACGAGCCGCCGAGAAAGUCACUGCUCUGCGACGCCGUCGCGCUCGCCAGGAUGCUGAAAGAGCUGCUGGACGGCGGCGAGGAUGCGGAAAACCCCACGGCGGCGACGGCGCAUCAUCCCGACGUGGCCCAGAAGAAUCACGUGUGGGAAAUGAUGGCGAGAGUGUGGGUGGAGAUGCUGUGCUAUGGAGCCUGCCAUUGCAGAGGAGACGUUCAGUAUCUGACCAAAGGCGGAGAGCUGCUGACGUUUGUGAGGCUGCUGAUGGCGCAUUUUGGGAUCGGAAAACAAUUCAAGAAGGAGGAUGAAGACACGGCGGUUCAACAUGAUUCUGAUUUCUGAAUAUAGUGUGCAUGUAAACACUUGUUUUUAUUUGGGGGUUUAUAAAUUUGAAUAAUGCCUUG